ACUUCCGGAAUGUGAGCUUCCGCUCCGGCGGUGGCCACGCCGCAGCCACAGUCCAGAGGCCGGACUUCCGCCUCCGGCCCGGAACCCCGCCCAGCAUGACGUUGCACAGGCCAGUUUGAGUCUCCUCAGCGCCCGUAGUUCCUGAACUUUGACCGCUCCUCUGGGCUGGCCGGAGGGCAGUACGCAUGCGUAGUUCCGUUGAAUGGGGUGCGUCCUUAUCCUCGCGGCGGCCGCAGGAGCGGCGGCAGUGGUCCUAGCCCUGCGGCUGUGGCUCGUGCUUCAUUCCCGGGUUGUUGUUCCCCGGGAAUCUGUCAGUCUUAUGGCGGUGGCCGGGUCCGGCGGGCACACCACCGAGCUGCUGCGGCUGCUGGGGCACCUGUCCGCCGCUUACUCUCCCCGACACUACGUCAUCGCCGACACGGACGAGAUCAGCGCCCGGAAGAUACAUGCUUUUGAACUCGGUCGCGCCGAUAGGGACCCCAGUGGCAUGGUGCCGCGGUACUUCCUCCACCGCAUCCCCCGGAGCCGCGAGGUCCGGCAGUCCUGGCUGUCCACCGUGGCCACCACCCUGCACUCCGCCUGCCUCUCCUUGCCCCUCACCUACCGCGUGAGGCCGGACCUGGUGCUGUGUAACGGGCCCGGGACCUGCGUGCCCAUCUGCGCGGCGGCCGUCCUCCUGGGCGUGCUGGGCGUGAAGCGCGUGACCGUGGUCUACGUGGAGAGCCUCUGCCGGGCGGAGCACCUGUCGCUGACGGGGCGCAUCCUGCGCCCUUUCGCCGACUACUUCCUGGUGCAGUGGCCCGCCCUGAAGAGGAAGUACCCCACGUCCGUGUACCUGGGGCGGAUCGUGUGACAGGUGCCUGCUCCGGUUACACGCAGCCAACACGCUUACACGUGGGGGUGAGACUGCGCCUCUGUUAUAGAGCAAGCAUGUCAAACUCACGGCCCGCGGGCCGCAUGAGGCCCACAACCGGUAUAACGGUAUGUAAGAAACAUUUUAAUAAAAAUUCUUUAACUGGCCCUGGCCGGUUUGGCUCAGUGGAUAGAGCGUCAGCCUGCGAACUGAAGGACCCCAGGUUCGAUUCCAGUCAAAGACACGUGCCAGGGGUGGUGGGCACAUCCCUAGUAGGGGGCGUGCAGGAGGCAGCCGAUCAAUGAUUCUCUCUCAUCAUGAAUGUUUCUCUCUCUCCCUCUUCCUUCCCCUCUGAAAUCAAUAAAAAUAUAUUUUAAAAAAAUAUUCAUAACUUAAUUUUUAUAAUAUCCUGUUAUACAUAAUUAUAACGAACUACAACGUUCGCUGAUGACUGAUUACUAUAAUUGUGUCGCAUUCAUUUCCCUUACACGCCUUACUCGCAGGCACACCAUUUCUCCCCACUAAUACCAGCAGCAAAUAUUUUAGCAGCCGAUGGCCAUGUCAUUAGUCUUGGACUGACUUGUUUGGUGUGCACAACAGGAAAUAUUUCGCUUUCGGAGAACAAGAAAAAUAGGUUUAUUUGCGUGACGCUUAUUAAUUUGUGCAGCUAUUCAGUGUCUGGAAAGUUAAAGUUCAAGAAAAAAAUGUUAAUUUCUAUUAAAAUGUUCUAUUAUUUUAUGUUAACGGUGACUCAUUUAUUUCAGCCCAUGUGUUCAGCAUGUCUCUAUCGAAAUAAACCUACGUUUCUAUGACA